AUGUCGCUUACCGAAGAAAAAAUAGGGCCUAAUAUUAAGUUAUUAGAAGCUAAAAUUCAGGCGUAUUUCGGUAGAUUACAAGGUGUCUAUGACUUGUCGUCGCACGUCGGGACAGCCAAGACGCAAGAACGGUUUAUGUCGCAAUCGGCGAACGUAGAUGUACUACGUUCGGAAUUUAAUAACCUGGUAGAACAGCUUAAUGCUGCUCGUAUGCAAGCUGAUGAAGAGUACGUACCGUCGUUUCAAACAUGGGAAGCUUUUGAGGAAAUGUUUUCGCAUAUUCAACAUGUCAUAAAACAAUUGACGCCCGGCAAGUCCGAUGGGGCGCUGGCGCCAGUGGCCUCGCCGGCGCAUUUUAAACCAAAUUUAAAGCUCCCUCCCAUUGUUCUUCAGACGUUUGAUGGCGAUCAAAAGAAAUUCGCUUCAUUUCUCGAGUGCUUCAAUAGUACGGUGCAUCGUAAUGCGGCCCUUACGGAUGCGGAAAGAGUAUUUUACCUGUGUGGUCAACUCUCGGGUAAGGCAUUAGCAACAAUAGCCGGAAUUGUUCCUUGUGGUGAAAACUAUAAAUUGAUUUACGAUACGCUGGUGGACAAAUAUGAAGAUGUGAGGUUGUUAGGUACGUCGUAUUUGGACGAAUUGUUUAAUUUUAAAGCGUUAGAAUCGCCGUCCGCGAAAGGUUUAAACGACUUUGUAGAUUGUUUCGUAACCUCUGCCGCGGCCUUCGAUAAACUGGAAAUAUCGGAUAAGAAAGAGUUCAUUUUCUUAUACCUAGCGUUAAAGAAAAUCGAUCCCGAAACCGGCCGUAUGUUCGAAAAUUCCGUGCGUUCAGAGAAGCUGCCUAAAUACGCUAGCUUUCUUACGUUCAUUAAGGAACAAGCCAAAAUAUUGGAACGUCGCGGAGACCCGGGUCCCGCCUCUAAUGUAGCCGGUGCGAACACGACCCAGCGUGCGGGAAAGCCACAGGGUAAACAGCCGAUCGCGAAGCGCACUCAGUCAUUUGUAACAACCUUGGAAAACACGGCUACGUGCGAAUUGUGCAACGAAAAACACGAUCAUUUUUAUCAAUGUAAAGAGUUUAAAAAGUUAAAUCCGCGUGAACGUUACAAUACAAUUAAGAAAUAUGGUGCGUGUGUAAGGUGCCUUAGCCACAGACAUAAGAGUGGGAACUGUCGUUCAAAUCAAGUAUGCGAUAGCUGUAACGCUAAUACUCACCAUUCGUUAUUACAUUUCGUGGAAAAUAUAUCGACAUCGCUAACCACAACUGAGGUAGCUGUCCCUCCGUUGGCUGUGACACCGAGUGACGCAGUGAUAGGAGAUCGUGCAGUUUGUCAUUGCGGCGGGGCGCGCGCGCGCAACGCGCUCCCCAUGCUCUCUCUGUCUCCCACAGCAGCCGAGAUACCCGUGCACGUGGAUUCGUCCGCGAUAAUGGACUCGCCCGUUUCUGCGACCGCCUCGGCGGCGGAUACUACAAAUAACGUACAUGUGUCGUAUAAUUAUUUGCAAGCAAACAUCGCGCCCGAAUUAACGACAGCAAUGUUAGCUACCGCCCGGGUGACCGCAGUAGACAAAUACGGGAAAACACAUUCUCUGCGUUGUAUGAUUGACAACGGCUCCCAAGAUCAUUUCAUAACUACCGCUGCCUUUAAUAAGCUGUCAUUAAGUUAUUUAAAUAAAGAAUUGCCGACGACGGUCAGUGGAUUUGGAGGGGCUUCUAAUGCUACUAAGGGUAAAGCCCAACUUACGAUCCGGUCUUGCUAUAAAAAGGAUGUAACUUACGACCUAACGGCGUUAGUAGCGGACCGCAUAGCGCUCCCCGUACCUACCGCUCGAGUUGACCGUGCCGCGCUGACUUUCUUAUCUGGAGUGCCGCUCGCUGAUGGGGAGUUCCAUGUUACCGGAGACAUCGAUCUACUUAUUGGAGUCGAACUAUUUGGGACCUUGCUCAUGAGCGGCCGCGUUCACGGCCCACCCGGCUCACCUGACGUGUUGGAAUCCACACUUGGGUUUUUAGUAAUGGGGAAGACUCCCGUAGCACUACCACAGUCUAAGCCAAGAUCCGUAGCAUUAUGUGCGUUCACGGAGGCACCGAUAAAUAAAUUAGUAGAAAACUUUUUUGAGUUAGAAGAAGUACCUACCUGUACUUCCACCUUCAUGAGUGCCGAUGAACAAGCUUGUGAGGAAAAUUAUAAGAAUACUACCACUCGGGAUGAUUUGGGGCGAUAUUCGGUAGCUUUACCCUUUAAGAGCAGUCCGGAGCAACUUGGAAAUUCGCUGGUACAUGCCGAGAAACGUUUUUUAUCGCUGGAACGGAAGUUUAAUUCUACGCCUGCCUUGCGAGCCGCUUACGACGGCAUUGUACGCGAGUAUUUGGAGAAGGGUUAUUUGAACCCGGUGACAGGGGACAGCAGAGAGGAAGGUUAUGUAAUUGCCCACCAUGGAGUGGUGCGAAACGACAAAGUUUCGACCAAACUUCGUCUGGUCCUGAACGCUAGCGCGCCGACCGACAAGAACGUGUCGCUGAAUUCAAUUUUAAAUCCAGGCCCUAAUUUACAGUCGGAUUUAUUUCUAGUACUCUUAAAUUUCAGAUUAUUUCCCGUCGCCUUUUGUGCCGACGUUAGACAAAUGUACCUGCAAAUUCAGGUGCACCCCGAGUUUAGGAAAUACCAACGAAUCUUGUAUAGAUUCAACCCCGCCGACCCUUUGCAAUUAUUCGAGUUUGAGCGGGUUUGUUUCGGUUUAUCUGUGAGUCCGUAUCUGGCGUUACGACCCAUUCAACAAUUGGCGGUCGACGAGGGACCCCGGUAUCCACGCGCGGCCGAACUUAUCAAGCGAGGAGAUUACUACAUGGACGAUGUUGCAUCCAGUACACCGUCUGAAAAAAUAGCCGCCGAAACGGCGGCCCAGCUUAUAGAUAUGUUUAAGGCUGGUGGUUUUGACCUGAUGAAAUGGUCGAGUAAUUCACCAGAACUCCUCAAGGCCAUACCUAAAGAAUACCUGCGCGUUAUAGUUUACGUGUUACGAUUUGUGAAAUUACUGUCAUCUAAAGGCGCUGUUACGGUGGAAGACACGGAAGCGGCGGAGUUAGCCGCUAUCAAGGCUCUUCAGACUGUGCACUUUCCGGAAUAUUUGGAGGCCAGUCAGGCUGGCAAAGCCCCAGCCUCGAAGGCUAUUCGGAAGCUCAGGCCCAUCCUAGUAGAUGGAGUGCUACGAGUGGGAGCGAGCCACGAGGUGCUCCCAUCAGCAAAGGCCAGAUUUUCUUCGGACUACGCCUGA